GAUUUUUUUUUCCACUAUGCCACGGUUUGCGUGGAAUCCGGGAGGCGGCGUUGCGAACGCGCAAAUUUCGAUGCGUGCAUGUGCUCGUGCCAGAUGACAAUCAAUGUCAAAACAUGCUUCCAAUGUAAAUAAACGUAUCGAGGUUAUUCAAAUCGAACCGAUUUUCUUGCAAUUUAUUUUCCCACGCCAAAUAAAUUUCUUUUAAUUUUUAAAAUGGAGUUAUUUGCUGUUCAACGGUAUGACACCGAAGAGAAACAAAAUGAUCCACGCAAAGAGGAACGGAUAUUAGAGCGGCUCAAACGGAAUAUUGAGAAAAAGAAAAGUGUGAAACAACAGCAGAAGGCGUUAGAAGAAGAACAAGCUCGAUUGGCGGCACAAGAAUUGGAAAAUCAGGCUAAAAAUGAUGCAGAAACCGCUGAGCCAAUGGAAGUGAAUGAGGCCGAAUCGACUGCUGAAGAUGUGAAAAAGGAUCGAAAAUCACGCGAUGUGGGUGAAGAUUUUAUGAUUUUAGGCAAUGACAAUUUCCAACGAAAAGUCACAGUGGAUGCUAUGCUACCGAAUUGGCUGGCUUAUCCAACGAUUAUUUCGAAAAACUUGUCCGAAAAAUCGACACUCAUCGAAAGUGUUGACUAUAUUUCGCCAGAGUUGAAAAAGUGCCUUGAAUCAAUGAAUAUCGAGCAUUUGUUUCCCGUGCAAGAAGCCGUGGUGCCGUAUAUUUUGAAUGUUCACAACAAACCAACACCAUUUCGGCCACGUGACGUUUGUGUAUCGGCUCCGACUGGUUCGGGCAAAACACUGGCCUAUGCCAUUCCAAUCGUACAGCAUCUGUCAAAUCGUGUAUCGCGCGAAAUUCGUGCAUUAAUCGUCCUACCCGUAAACGAAUUGGCUGUGCAAGUGUUGAAAAUUUUCCAAAAACUGUGCGAAGCAACUAACUUGAAAGUGGCGCUACUCUCAAAGUUUACACCCUUUGAAAUCGAACAACAGCAACUGGUCGAACAGUUUGAAGGGAAAUACUAUUCAAAAGUUGAUAUUCUGGUAGCCACAACCGGUCGUUUAGUUGAGCAUAUUCACUCAACAAAAGGAUUUUCGCUGAAGUUGUUGAAAUUUCUGGUAAUGGACGAAGCCGAUCGAAUCAUGGAGCAAAUUCAAAACAAUUGGCUUUAUCACUUGGAUUCACACGUGAAAGAGCAGAGCGACUCGAUUUUAUCCGGCAAACCGAUGCUCUUGUCAUACGAUGACUUAGAUAAUAAUGCAUCAACACAACCGCACAAGCUUUUGUUCUCUGCAACACUCUCUCAAGACCCAGAGAAACUUCAGAGCCUGCAAUUAUUCGCACCAAAAUUGUUUACAUCGAUUGUCAAACAGUUUGAAUCGACCGAUAGUCUUGGUGGUGGUAUGGAUAAUCUGAAGGUUCGUGGCGAAUUCAUUGGCAAAUACACAACACCAUCCGAAUUGACGGAGAAGUAUUGCCUCACCCAGCCCAAUAUCAAACCACUUACACUGUACACAUUGCUGAAGGAAAACGAUUGGAAUCGAUUUUUAUGCUUUGCAAAUAGCGGUGAAUCGGCGCAUCGAUUAUCAUAUGUGCUGCAAAAUUUAUUAGGAGAUGAUAUGAAAAUUGAAGAACUCUCAUCGAGUUUAACGCCUAGUACGAGAAAUUCGGUACUGUUGAAAUUCCAAACGGGAAAGGUCGAUGGUAUCAUCUGUUCGGAUGCCUUGGCUCGUGGUAUCGAUAUUGCAAACGUUGAUGUUGUGAUAUCCUACGAUGCACCGCGCCACGUCAAAACCUACAUUCAUCGUAUCGGAAGAACCGCUCGUGCUGGCCGGCCUGGUACAGCUGUCACACUUCUAGUCGCCAGUGAAUUGAAUGCUUUCCAGGCAAUUAUCAAAGACGGUGGAAAAGAGAACGUUGAAGAGAUUAAAGUCACUGAUAACGCGGAAGAAUCAAGGGCCAAGGAUUAUGCAACAGCACUGCAAAAAAUGCAAAUCGCGCUGAAACGAGAGAAACAAGUUCAAUUGCAAAAACAAUUGCACGAAAAGAACAAAUCGAAUAGUGGCAAACGUAGUGUGAUCGCUCAACUGCAAUCUCAGGUGCAACGAAACGAUUUCAAUGGCAUGGCCAACGAUGAGUACAACAUACCGGAGAGUUGGAAAUGGGAGAAUUUAGACAAAUCCAAGGAUAAAAAAGAACGAAAAGGCAAAAAUAAGAAUCGAAACAAGAAGAAAAAACAAGUCAGCGAAGCGAGUGAAUGAAUUUAGACGAAUAAAAAGAAUAAAACAGAGAACAACCAUCAAAUUCGUGUUAAAAUAACUACAGAAUAUUUUUUUAAAAUGUUUUUUUCAAUAAAUAUAUUUCUUAACAAUA